CAGGUCGUCUCGACUACGUGGUUGAGCGUCCUGCAGAAGAAGGCCUUCCUGAGGUCAUCAGGAUCCUGGAUGACUCUGAUACCGAGCGUGUCAGUGAAGGUGAGUAUGGUGAGUAUAUCCCUCUCCCAUCCUCACCCUCUUCUCCUGAAGCACAGGAUCCUGAUGACAGUGAAGAGGAAGGUGAGUACCCUCCCUACAUACCCGAGGACGUCGAAGAGGUGAGUGAAGACACUGACAAUUCCUCUGACUGGAACAACUCAGAAGAGUGGGCCGAUUGGCCUAGUGACGACUCGGGGUAUGACACCAUGGAUGAGAGAGCUGAUUCCCCUCUCAUCCAGGAGCUCCCUCCAGAGCCGUUUUGGCACGAUUGGCAACAUCCUAUUGCUCCAGGUGCUGCCCCGUUCGCCAUGCCGCCUUUCGGCCAGGCCAACGCCCCACUCUUCCCGGUUGGUGAUCCUUUAGCUUCUCCUGCUUCCUCUGCUCCUCCCUCAGCUGCUUCCUCUCCUGCUCCCUUAGCUGCUUCCUCCCCUGCUCCCUCAGCUCCUUCCUCUGCUGCUCCUUCUUCCGCUACUCUCUCAGCUUCUCCUUCAACCUCAGCUCUCACCUCCUCAGCAAAGAGAAGCAGAGAAGACAUCUGCACUGAUGAGGUAAGUGCAAAGAGGUGCAAGGUAAGUGAUGACACGUUUUAUGGCCCUUCAACAUCCUCGGGUUCUGUUGGUGUCAGACGCUUCUGGGAAAGGCCUUUUAACCUUUCACUUGAUGACAGCGACUCUGACUAGAUUAUGUUAGAACUUGUUUUUAAACUUUAAAUGUUUAAGUUGGCCUUUGCAGUGUUUGUAAAUGACUAACAUUGUUUUUCUCAAGCUCUAGCUCACCAUGCAGGACAAAGGUAAGUCCGUACUUAAUGUCAACACAAAUAAGUAGAAAAGGUUUAAAAAUGAUGUCGUGAACUGACUGUAGUCUCUUG